AUGUCAUUAUUGAGAUACGUCUUAUUUGUAAAGCAGUUAGACAUAAUUACGGCGACUAAAGAUAACUUGGUGUUAAAUGACCAGCAGAGAACUAUUAUUGACAUAUCUAAUAAAUGGACACACGCAGUAACACAACAAGUUAUACUAUUAAGCCUUGUAACGGCGGUCACUCCGGACUUGCACCAGCUUAGAAACAAUACAAAUUAUUUUAUGAAUAAUCCCUGUUCAAUAGUAAAACAUACUGGCGGUCAUUGCGAACUGAUUAGUUUUAAACUCACCUGCCGAAAUGGAUUUACUCAAGAAUGGUUGAAUGGAGUCAUGUACGAUAUAUUGCAUUUACGUGUAAUUGGAUGGCCUGGCAAAUGUUUCAAUAUAGGUCGCCUUCAAGAACGUUUUCCUAACUUAAGAAACUUCGAGUUAAUUAACUGCACAAAGCUGAAUUCUUUCAAAGGAAACUUCGAGGCGUCAACCAGAAUAGAGAUCUUAGCAGUACACGGACUUACAUCCUUAUGGGAAAUACCACCAGAAAUCGUCAAAAAUAUGAAAGAACUACGGAUUAUAGACCUAAGAGGAAAUUUGUUGAGACACAUUAAACCUGAACUCUUAAGAGGAAAUAAAUUGCAAGAAGUUUACUUAAGCGACAAUAAAUGGGAUUGCUCUGAUGGUGGUCUGGAUUGGUUGGCGAUGGAACGUGACAAUAACACACUUAGAAAACGUAUCGUAGAUUACUACGACUUAAUGUGCCAUCAAAAACUGUACAUGGGGAAGCCGCUCCACAAAGUUAUGGAUAUUAUAUGGAAAAUUCGGCAUACAUGUCCAGUGCCGUGUGCGUGCAUGAUGACGCACGUUGUGUCUGAUGCAGCCGGUACAGUCAUACCACUGAUCACAGUCGACUGCGCAGGAAGACGACUAGACCAGCCACCAGCGAACCUUCCGCCUAGCACUACCACACUGCGACUAGAAGGCAAUAAGAUAAGCACCAUAAGAAGUAUAAUUCAGAAUCAUGAAUACCAGAAACUAGCUGAUCUGUACCUGGAUAAUAAUAGCAUAUCAGCGGUGAAAGAACUUGAGGGAUCGGAGUGGUUCAUGACAUUUCGUGUACUCAGCCUCCGUGGGAACAUGUUAAAACAGAUCCCUGUAUAUGCUUUUGACAAAGCGUUUCAAGCAAAUAAUAAUAUAAUGCACGUAUUCCUGGGCCGCAAUCCGUGGAGAUGCGACUGCCAUUUUAUACCUCGAUUUCAAAGUUUACUCCUCAAGUACAAGAGAGUCAUUCGCGAUCUGCCCGACAUAAGAUGUUCGAAAUCCAAUGACAAAACAACAUCGUUAAUGCAGAUUAGCACCAUGCCCCUCGGUCGUGUUUGCAAUGACGAUGUAGAGAUGCCGAUAAGUCCAAUCAAUAUAGCUAACUUAGUUUUAUUAGGUCUCAUAAUAUUAAUUAUGGUCAGGUUCCUUUACGACUGGCAUAAUUUUAAAACAACUGGAAAAUUGCCUUGGUUAUCCUCUAUACUACCCUAAUAAGUUUAAUUCAUGCAAUUGAGGUCGGCGACAGGCUGUACUUAUUGACCUAGCUAUCAGUUGAUAGAAGCUGGUGUUCCUAAAGGGGGUGUUAUAUUUCUAUUGAU